AUGGAGCCAACUGAGGUUGACGCCAUUAUUUUAAACCAGAGGCAUCUCCAAGAAAACAUGGAGAUGCUACAACAGGAAUGGAAAGAGUGUGUACUCCGUGUCAAAAAAGCUGGAAGGAUACAGUCGGCUGAUGAAGCCAAAGUGUCUGACCGCAUACAAGAAUGUCUUAAGAAGAUGAUAAAUCUUCAUGAGGCAAUCCACAAGCUGCUCUUGCGCGGGAUCAGGGCUCCCCUGAUCGAAGCAGGCAUUACCGUACCGGCCGGAUUGCCGAUAGAAGGGGAUUCAACUGAUGAUCAAUAUACGUACGAGCCUCAGUUUGUGGAGAAUGCUGGUAAUGUAGAUGAAGAUUAUGUUCCAUCGUCUGAAGCUGAGACUGAUACAAGCGCCUCUGAAGACUUGUCGGAGCCAGAGAACGUGAGAAGGGCGGGGAUUGAAUAUGCAGGGUGGCAGAACUUGCAGAUCGACGACGAUGAUGACGAACAGGGCAAGGAAUUUUCUGUCAGCAAAUCAGACAGCAGACGAGUCUACUUCAAAUGCAAGCAUUCAGAUACGUGCCCCUUCAAGCUCCAUGCAUCGUCACAAGAUGGAGCCAUUUGGGGAGUGUAUAAGUUCACCAAUGAGCACUCAUGCGAGCCGAAGGCAAUCCAGCUGGAGCUGCGACGUGAGUUUGGCGUACAGAUCAAGUACGAUGUUGCAUUGCGAGCCCGUAAUCGAGCCACUGAGAUGGUUUAUGGUCGACAUGAUCAGUCCUUCGAGAUGCUGCCCAAGUACUUAUACAUGUUGAGACAAUCCAAUCCCGGUUCGAUGGUGGAGUGGGAAGUUGACGAUGAUGGCCGAUUCAAACACUUAUUUGUUGCUCUUGCAGCUUCGGCUACCCCUUUCAUGUUCAGCUUACGGCUAGUGAUUGUCGUCGACGGCACACACUUGAAGGGCAAGAAUAGGGGUAUUUUGUUUGUUGCAGUGACGAAGGACGGCAACGAGAGUUUGUUCCCACUCGCGUAUGGUGUUGGCCCGAAAGAAAACGAUGAAUCGUGGACUUAUUUCAUGUCACGCAUUCGACGUGUUUAUGGCCAAGCCGAUCCACUUUUGAUUGUCUCUGAUCAACAUAUCUCCAUUGCCAAUGCUAUCAGGAAUGAGUUACCAAAUGCAACCCACGGCCUAUGCUACUACCAUUUGCAAAAUAACCUGAAGCAUUACGGUAAGGCAGUGGUCGAGGUGUAUCGACAAGCUGCAUUUGCGUACGAGAAGUCCGACUUCAAUAGGGCUAUGAACGCCCUGAAGGUUAUGAAGAGAGCCGCGUACGAUAAACUAAUGGGGAUUGGGCCAGAGAAGUGGGCUCGUUCGAUGUGUCCUAUGCCUGUGCGACGCUACAGUUUUAUGACAUCAAAUGCCGCUGAAGCUUUUAAUUCCAGAUUGUUGUGGGCAAGAAGACUUCCUAUCUGCUCGAUGUUAGAGGCAAUCAGAAUUGUUAUUGAGAAAUGGUUCAGCGAGCGACUAAGGGCUGCGCAACAAAUCGAGCAAGGCUUGACUGCUGAGGCCGGUAAAAGGGUAGCUAUUGAAGUCCAAAAAAGUCGUCGAUACACUGCACAAAGGUUGAGUGGCAUGAAGUAUAAGGUGCAAACUGCUGACAGAAGCUUUAAGGUGGAUCUGGAGAAGAAAAAAUGCGAAUGUCGAGUAUUCCAGCUAGACCAACUGCCCUGUUCUCAUUCAAUCGCUGCAAUAAGUGAGGCCGGUGAUACGAUCGCGGAGUAUGUAGACUCGUACUACACGAACGAAUUUCUUAUCGAUACUUACUCUCGCGAAGUUAAUAAUCUCCCGCCGAGACGCCAGUGGUUGGUUCCCAAGCACAUCGCUGAGCAGGUUGUAUUACCUCUGAUUGUAAAAGGUCAAUCGGGGCGCCCAAAAGAAGGAAGACAUCGAGGUGGUGGUGAAGGCAGCAGCACACAAGCAGAUGAGUCUUCUAGUAUCAGGCGUCGUAAACCAAAGAAGUGCAGCAUCUGCCAUGAAGAAGGACACAGCAAGAGAACGUGCGCUGGCAGGGCGACUGAGCCCAGGGAGUAG